AUGGUCUCACCCAGUCAGCCGGAUUCGAGUUUUCCUCUGAACCCUUCUUCUCCAUUGGUCAAUCGAAGAAAACUCAAAGAAAAGAAGAAGAAGAGACAAGUAGACAACCAUAGUAGCAGAUCGUCGGAAGUCGAAACUUGGGCAUCGACAGCAGCAGUAGCAGGUCAUCGGAACUCGGACGUCAAGUCAUCGAUAGAAGCAGUAGCAGGUCGUCAGAUCUCGGGUGUCGACAGCAGCCGAUCGAAUGAAACUCAUGCGUCGAUAGCAGCAGUAGCAGGUCUUCGGAUCUCGGGCAUCGACAGCAGCCGAUCGAAGGAAACCCUCUUCUUCUACCUCUUCCUCAGUCCUCAGUCCUCAGUCCUCAGUCCUCACUCAAUCGACAGCAGUCUCAGAGUAGCGAACUCUGCCAUAGGUAUUUCAAAGUUGAGCUACUUGAGCGUAAGCAAAAUGGUGAGACCAAAGGAUAAAUUUUGGGAACAUAUAGAGCAACGUGGUCUGGGCCAUUUCACAUGUAACUAUUGUGGACUUAAUUAUUCUGGGAGUGUUUCACAAGUGAAGGCUCAUUUCGCUUGUCAAUCUGGACAUGAUGUUCAAAUUUGCAUCCAAGUUCCUGAACACAUUCAAGCUGAUGCCCUAGCAGAAUUUAAUUUGAGUAGAUCUGCUAAGAAAAGAAGGAGUGAUUCUCUUGAAAGUGGAAUGGGUUCCACAAGUAGCACACCUUCCAUGCCUCAGGUUAGGAGUACACAUCAACCCACAAUGGUAGAGAUGGCUGCUAAGCAAGACAAGAAGUCAUUGGACAUGUUGGUAACUGAUUUUUUUGUCAAUAAUAAUAUUUCCUUCAAUGUUAUUCAGACAAAUUCUUUUAUUGAUAUGCUAAGGGGUGCAUGUGCAUAUGGUACAAGUUAUGUUGUAUCUAAUAGCAAUCUUUGGACCAGUUUGAUUCUUGGAAAAAAAAUAGAAAUCAUGCAAUAUGUUAGCAAAAUAAAGGCGACAUGGGGUAUCACAGGUUGGACGAUUAUGUCCGAUUCUUGGACUGUCAUAAAGAAUAGGUCGUGGAUCAAUGUGAUUGCUUACUCUCCUGGAGAUAGUGGUUCUAAAUUUUGUUUUCGUGGUGAUAUGUUGCCUGAAAAAUGGCGUCAUAUAUAUAAAACAAAUUAUGCUACUCAUGGGAUUAAUCUGCUUUUGAAAGAUAUUCACAAAAGAGUUAAAUGGUCUCUUAUUGUUGUUGAGAAUGAGUUGAGGCUUUUUGUUGCAUCAUUUGAGUGGAGAGUCUUUCAAUUCAAUAGAGCUGAAAUGUCAAUGAGAACUGUUGGGAUAAUUCAAUCAGAUACAUUUUGGGAGGGGGCAAAGGAAGUUGUUGCUUUUAUGGAGCCACUUGUUCGUAUUCUUCGCCUUGUUGAUUCAGAUGGUUCUACUGCAGGUUACUUAUAUGAAGCAACAGAAAGGGCAAAAGAAACAUUGAGGAAAUUUGUGGAGAAUGAUGGAGGGAAGUAUUUAGCCAUAAUGGACUCGUUUCAAUUUAGGUCAGAGAAGAACAUUAUUCAUCAUGUCGAUGUCUUUGGUGCACUUUUAAAUUCUUCUAUUAUGUUUGGUGGUCGACUUGAUAUUGAUGGAACUAAAUUUAUGAAUACACAAUAA